AUGGAGUACUACCAGACCGGUCCCGGCGGCGACGCGGCCUCUGGACCCGCUCCCCCCAAGCAGAAGCAGUCGGCUUAUCCUCCUCAGAAUGCUCUCGACGAGCACUGGGACAAGUUCAUCACCAAGACUCCAGGGAAAAUCACUCGCAUCUUCCCACCCAGCCUCUAUGCCAACCUGUUGCCACAGACCUUUCCCAAAACCCUGACCGGAAACGUCAGCGCAACCGCAAGCUACGAGGCUGCGAAGGAAGCCUGUGAACGCAAGGUCAAAUGCAUCGUCCGUGAAUGCAGACGCACCAACGAAAAAUGGUCCGACCCAGACUUCGACAUCGAAUCCGACCUCGGCACCAACAACUGCCUCAACGGCCUCGUUGACUCGGACGACGACUCCGACUCGGACGACGACUCCGACUCGGACGACGACUCUCUUCCCAUCCCCAGCCCCAAAGUCACCAGCAGCGACCUCCGCAGCGCCCUCAGCACCAUCGCCUCCGUCCCCGACCUCUUCCCCUCCUUCCAAACAGUCUCCGUCUCCAGCCUCCUCUCCGUCCUCCAAAACCAACCCAGCUCCGCCGACACCGAGCCCGGCUCCGUCCACCGCGUCGACUGGAUCUACGACGAGCCGUCCUUCACCAUCGACGACUUCGGCGUCUCCGACGUCCAGCAGGGCAGCACGGGCGACUGCUGGUGGGUCGCAGCGGUGGCGACGCUCUGCAGCGCGCGCCAGCCAUCGUCAUCAUCAACAUCACCAUCGCCAUCGCCAUCGCUCAUGGAGCGCGUCUGCGUCGCACGCGACGAAGAAUGCGGCGUCUACGGCUUCGUGUUCCACCGCGACGGGGCGUGGAUGCCCGUCGUCGUCGACGACAACCUGUACCUCGCGAAGUACGACUACGACCGGUACGGGGCGCGCGUGUACGACCCGACGGGCCGCGAGGCGCGGCGCUACAAGCAGCAGCACCAGACGGGCAGCGAGGCGCUGGCGUUUGCCAAGUGCGCCGACGCAAACGAGACGUGGCUGCCGCUGCUGGAGAAGGCGUACGCGAAGGCGCAUGGGGAUUUCGCGGCGAUCGAGGCCGGCUUUACGGGGGAGGGCGUCGAGGACAUGACGGGCGGGGUGACGACGGCGAUUGAUACGAAUAAGGUGUUGAGUAAGAAGACGCUGUGGGGGGAGCUGUUGAAUGUGGAGAAGGAGUUUAUCUUUGGGACGGGCACGCCCGAGUCGGCGGGGGGCGACUCGGAUGCGAGGAGCGGGCUGGCGUAUCAGCAUGCGUAUUCGGUGCUGAAGGCGGUGGAGGCGGAAGGUGAGGACGGGAAGUCGGUCAAGCUCGUCAAAAUCAGGAAUCCCUGGGGGAAGAGGAACUGGCUUGGAGAGGGAGAGUGGAACGGUCCGUGGAGUGACGGAUCAAAGGAGUGGAAUGCGUACUGGCUGAACAAGCUCGACCACAAGUUCGGCGAUGACGGCAUCUUCUGGAUGACCUUUGACGACAUGCUGAGUCGUUUUGAUGUACUUGACCGGACCCGCGUUUUCGGGGAGGGCUGGAGGGUGGCGCAGCAGUGGACGACGAUAAAUGUCUCCUGGAUCACCGGCUACAUCAACACCAAGUUCGUGGUCGAGGUGAAGGAAGCUGGUUUGUUUGUGUUUGUUCUCUCCAAGCUGGACGAUCGCUACUUCAAGGGUCUCGAAGGACAGUAUGACUUCGAACUUCACUUCGUCCUCCAAGAGGCAGGUUCCGCGGUCGGCGAUCACAUCGCUCGAGUCCGACCUUCCAGCGCCGGCCACUGGCAGCGGAGCGUCAGCGCCGAAGUCGAACUUGACCCAGGCAAGUAUGAAGUCUUCCCCAAGAUCAUUGCCACGAAGAACGAUGGGCGAAAGCCCGUGGAGAAGAUUGUUCAGAAGAUGGCCGACAAGAAGCCGCAAAAGCUGAGACAGAUCGGUUUGAACUACGACUUUGCCCACCUGAAGGCUACCCCGCCACAGACUGUACCCGUUUCUGCCGCUGGAGCCAAGGCGAAGCAGGAACAAGAGGCUUUCAAGACUGAUUCGGAAACGAAGACCAGCGAUGUUGCUCAACAAAAGCCCCCAGCAGAGGCUGCCGAGGCAGGGUCAGAGAAAAAGUUGGAGGGUGAAACUGAACAGGAGCCACCAGCGGAGACGAUCAAAGCAGAGGCGUCACCAGAGGCAGUCAAAGGGGAACAGGCUACUACGGCUACCGAAGAACCCACAAAGGUUGAAAGCGACGAGAAGCCCUCGGAAGCCAAGAGCGAGAAGCCAACAGAUACCAAGACGGCUGAGAGUGCAACCGAGUCUGCGAAAGGCCCUGAGAAGACUGCCUCUGGACCUCAAGGAGCGACACCAUUCCCACCAGUGCCGAAGCCUGAAGAAGAGGAAGAGAAACCACCGGAGCCCAAGCCUGAAAAAGAAGCAAAGGAACCUGACGAUGAAGAGGGCAACCCGUGGAAUGCUGUCUGCGUGAUUGGUCUCCGCGUGUACACGAAGGAUUCGGAGAUGACUAUCAGGCUCGAGGCCCCAGGGUCGGCUGAAGAAGGAGCCGUGUUGAAUGUGGGCGGUGAAGCUACGGGGGGCACUAUGUGA